AUGCCUGAAAGUCCAUCGCCCAUCUCCUGGCUCCCGCCGGAGCUCCUCAGCAAGAUCUUCUACAGCUGUCUCCCGCGCAACCGACGUGUCCGCCCGCACCCACACCGCGCACCGCUGCAAAUGGCACAGGUCUCGCAGCAGUGGCGACAGGUGGCGGUGUCCACACCUGCACUCUGGCGCUCUAUCUACCUCGUCUUCCCCUGGGACCACCCCUACGAUGGCGUGCCGACGCUAUUUGGUGCCCCGGAAGCGGAAUACUUGGCUGGCGACGUCACUUCUCUGUUGGAGGUCUGGAUUGCGCGUGCGGGUGCGCUGACAUUGUCGUUAGGCAUUCAUGCCUUUUACCCGCUACCACGGGAGCUCAUCUCCCUCAUUGUUCGGUACCACUCUCGCUGGGAAUCACUCCAGUUAAUGAUCAACACUGCCGACACCCUGGAAAUCUGUGGUCUCAGAGAGACGUUCCCUGCUCUCACGAGUUUCUUUUGUGUAACGAAAGCAUCGCAAGAGAUCGAAGCCUCUACGCCCGCGUUUCUGCAUGGUGCCCCUAACCUCACUGUACUCCAUGUACCAUAUUGGCGCUGGCUCGACGCUCACGUUCAGCUGACGUCGAUUACGGCGCUUAGUCUGUUCUACGCGCCAUGGGAGGGCGACCUGUAUCAUUCGCUGAUGGAUGUUCUCAGCAGUCUGCCUGCCCUUCGCCAUCUCGAGACCAGCUACCUCUUCCCCGAGCAUCCGGCCACGGUAGGCAGUGCGGCGGAAGUCCAAUGGCACACGCCACCCUUGGAGUCCCUGCUGCUUUCUGGUUAUACAUCAACAGUCCUGCAACAUCUCACGCUCCCAACACUCCGCCAUCUGCAAGUGCUCAUCACUGCACAGGCAAAAUCCCAGCUGAAAGCCGUUCAGAACUUUGUCGCGCGGUCUCGAUGCGUCCUAUCGCACCUCAGCAUUGCCGUGACGAGCGACCUCGCCGCGGCGCCAGGAUACGUUGAGGCAGAAAUCGAAUGUCUCGCCUGCGUCCCGAGCCUCGUCACCUUGGAGUUUAACAGCAUGUACAGCGGUAUGAGCAUUACCAUGCCGCGCCAUGCCAACGACGCUCGGUUCGCCGUGCUCUGUCAAGCCGAAUCGGACCCGGCAUUUCUGCCACAGCUACGCUACCUCCUCGUUGGCGACGAGGCCGGGGAAGCGGUGACUUAUGAGACAUUUGUCAACGUGCUCGAUGCGCGGCCGGCCAUCCGCUUCGCUUCGCUUGCGCUCGACCCUAUCGGCGAUGUGCGGGAUUUGAUCCGCCCGCCCCCGCAGGCGAUACUGGAUCGACUGCAAGCCCAUCGCGCGCGGGGCGUGGAUGUCCAGAUGAGCACGCCCCAGCUGCAGUGGCCGCUCUCCACGGAGGACGACGAUGCUCCGCCUGAACUGUACUAUACAGAGUGGCCAGAUCCGUGGCGGAAUCGCACUAAACCGGCGCCUUUCUUUCCCUUGAGCUGUGGUUAA